CUUGGAUCUGCGCCUGUUAGCUUGGAUGUAUAUGCUGUUAUAUAUUUCAAAUUAUAACAAAAGGUAUACACGACAAUAAUUUACAAAGUAACACCUAUUUUUUGUUGAUAUUUUCUGCUUUAUGUUAUUAAUUGAAUAUGCUUUAAGUUAAUUUAUUGCAUGUAUGUACAUUUGAUACAGUUCUUUCGUUUGUUUAACUCUUGGUAAGGGCACUUGUUAUAUAACCACAGUGAUAAUUGCGUGGUGAUUUCAACAGAGUAUGAGACUCAAGUAUGAGCAAAUACAAUUCAUGGAUUUAGACUGGACUUUACUCUGGUUUGUGCAUGGUCAUUGGGUUAAGAUCGUAGGACCCUCCAUAGAUGGGCUAUAGUUCCCGGACAUAAUUCUGCACGGGUUCUUCCACCGAGAAUUGAAGAGUAUCUGAACUGUUUUGGAUUUCCUUUUACUUGAAAACACCCUACAACUGACGGACAACUUACAUUUACAGUCAACAAAGCUAGGAAUAUUCAUCCAAGGUGGCGCCAUUAUCAACGGACAUUAUGGUGGCCAGUGUUAUCUACGGAUUAGUAGUGUGCUUACUGUUAACAACAGCGCGAUGUGAUCUUCCCAAAUGCAGUAAAGUUGAUGAUUGUUCGUGUAAGUUGGACGAUGGUAAAAAGAUCGACAUCCGCCCUAUCGGUUAUCAAGGAAACCAGGCGCCAAGGUUUAAGUUUCAAUCGGACCCUUUAGGCAAUUGGGAGUAUGCCUUCAAUCCAUGCUACGAUUUCUCUGACUCAUACUGCACAAACGUCAUCGCUUGUCAGAAGGGCAGUACUGAAUCAUUUGGCCUGGGCUCGGCCUCGUCAGCUGUCUGGGAUAGUAAUGGAAAUCAAUAUACAAUCACGUACACAGACGGUAAAACUCAAAGGACUACAAUUGUGAACUUAGUUUGCAGCACGUCGGCCAGCCAGCCUACACUGAAUGUACUUGGCCAAACAGAUCCAGCUAAGCCGAACUAUUACUUUACUUUGACGUCCGAGUGCGCAUGUCCAGGUGGUUGCGAAGCUCCUACGCCGCCCUCAUCGUCAGGAUUGAGCUUUGGUUCUAUACUGUGUAUCAUCUUUUCGGUGUUUCUUCUUGUUUAUUUCAUCGGAGGUAUAUGUUUCAUGAAGUUUGUUCGUGGAGCAGGCGGAAAGGAAGUCAUACCCAAUGUGAACUUCUGGACAGAGUUGCCUGGCAACAUUAAGGGCGGGGCAAAAUUUACCGUGGUCUCUGCAAGAAAGAAUCUAAAUAUGAAGACCUAGGAUAAACGGCAGACGAGGAACAAGUGGAACGUCGGUUUCAUUUUAUCAUUUAUUUUCAACAAUCGAAGCAGAAAACAGAGAAGAACAGCACAAAUUAAUUCCAUGAUUGAUUGUAGUCCCCCAAAUUACUGACAUUUUAAUAUCCUGGUUUUAUAGCAAGAUAAACAGUCAGCAUUAACUUACUUUUUUAUAUACUUUUUAUGUUUCAUUUCAAAACAAAAAUAAUCAAAGUUUCUUGAGUUUUACUUGCAUGUAGUGUUUUAAUACUUUUGUUUAGAAUCUCGCGAAAUUUGAUAAUCUGUAAAACUUAAGAGUAAGGUUUGGCAUUAAUAAAACAUGCAGUUGUUAUACUAUUAA